UAAUUAGUGCAGGAGCCGCUGUCUGCAGACAAGCAAAAACAUUGACCGCUUUGAACGCAGCGGCUGUGAUAAGCAAGACUGACCAAACAUGUCCCGUCGCUUGUGUCCCGAAGCGGCAGUCUCUCGAUGCAAAUCCUACGCGGGGCCGUCACCUGCAUGUGGUUUGAGAUAAAUGAAACGAUACCCCCUCCCGCUUUUGCAAAGGCUCCGCCGCCUUUAUUAUCAACGCUAUGCAAAUCAAGCGACCUGUUUUUAGGAAAUUAAGCAAACGUGUCACUCGCCACAGCUCUGGAGGACACAGAAGCGACAGAAAAGAUUCUGCCAGUCCACUGAAUAGAAGCCUUGGGUCGAGAUGUUGUUCAUUUUGCUGGCUCUCUCUCUGGGCCCGGUUCGGUCGGAGAGGAUGUAUUUCUACCAGUCCAAUGCGACGGAGUGGGCUGCCGCUCGGAACCACUGCCUCGCCUGCUUCAGGGAAUUGGUGAGCGUCUCCCAGGACAACGCCGCCCUGCUGGUGAAAGGCCUGACCAAUGACACCUGGACCGGGUUGCGCAAGGAGCUCGACGGGCCCAUGGACUGGUCCCAGUGGUCGAACGGCGAUCCGCUCACUUUCCAGAACUGGUACCCGGCCCGGCCCGACAGCAACAACUCGGACGACUCCUGCGUCAAGUUCCUGCGCUUCGGACCCUGGUUCGACGAGCCCUGUGAAACGGAGCUGCCCUACAUAUGUUAUGAAGAUCGUUUCUAUGGCAACCUGACUGUGUCCAAAGUCUCGUUAACCAGUGUGUCCCUGAGCUGGACCCCCGGCCCCGGUAAUAUAAGUAACUACCGGGUGGAGGUGUCUGGAAACACCAGCCAGGUGCUGACGUCCACUGGGCUGACAGCGCUGGUGGGGUCCCUGACGCCCGGCAGCCUCUACAGGUUCCAAGUGUUUCCAAUCAAAUGCGACAGAGACCUAAACCCCGAGAACGCCACCGUCUACACAAAGCCGGAGAGGGUGACAAAUCUGAACGUCACGUCCGUCACCACGGGAACGGCGACCCUGCGCUGGAGCCGGCCAGCGGGGAACGAGGACGGCUUCCUCGUGGAGGUGGAGGGGUUCCCAGCUCUGAGCGUCACCGCUCCAGGGGAGGCCGCCUCAGUGCCCGGGCUCAGCCCAGGAAAGCAGUUCACUUUCAGGGUGACGGCGCUGGUCCCGGACCGCUCGAUUAGUGGAAACCCGGUAUCUGUGUCUGCGUUCACCAGGCCGGGUCUCGUCUGCACACUGCAGGUCUCAGAAGUCACGUCGACUGCUCUGAACCUCACCUGGACACGGCCGGAAGGAGGGCACGAUGGCUACAGAGUGGACUGGACCGGCAACUGGGCCUUCCUCAACCACACCCAGACGGUCUCCACAGAAUCAGCCAGGCUGGAGAACCUGGAGCCAGGGGCCAACUACUCGAUCUGGGUGACCGCGCUGGUUGCAAACCAGUCUGUGGAGGGCGAUCCGGUCUUCAUCAGCAGCUACACGAGACCCAACGCAGUGACAGAACUGGUGGUUACCGAGACAACCACAACUCUCAUUGCAGUCCAGUGGCAGCCGCCAGCCAGUGGGAGCUGGCAUUCAUUCAGGGUGCAGAUUCCUGGUUCACCUGCCCUGGAGACUGCAGAGCUAACAGCUAACCUGACUGGGCUGAAAUCUGGCAAGCAAUACACGGUCACGGUCGUUACCCUAGCAACUGACAGCACCAGGCUCUCUGACCCUGUCAACGCAACCACUUACACCAAACUAAACAAACCCAAAAACCUGAUUAACAACUCCUUUAACACGACUGACAUCUACCUGAGCUGGGACGUCCCAGAGAACAUGGAUGGGGUACAGAGCAGCUACCUGGUCAACUACACCACGCAGUUCUGGAAGCUCAGCCAGUCUGUGGUUGCCAGCACCAACGCCAUCGUCCUCACUGGGGUGAAGUCCGGAGUGGAGUACAGUGUCACAGUGCAGACGCUGCUGCAAAUGGGACAGACCAACGUGACCAGUGAGCCUGUCGCAUUCAAAUGCAGCACCAGUAAGCCAUCCGCAGAAUGCGUGCAGAGACCUUUCUCUCUUGCAGUGCACUUUCAGUUCACAUUUUGCGGUAGAGGCAGAAUGCAGAAAGGUCGUUCGUGGCGUGCUGGUUUUUAAUUUGGUCUCGCCUGGGCUUUGUGAUUCACUGGGGCACCGUCCAGCCGUGAAGUAAAUACCGCGUCCCCCCAACGAUCGUCCCGUCUGCAACUGUGGCCAAAAGCUUAGCAUCGCCGAGAAUUUCAGGAUCGUAAUGGGUCGUUUUAGUAACAUCAUUUAGAUCUUUAUGUAACAUCACGGGUGAUCAAAAGAGGAAACUGUAAGGGUUCAAUAUGUUAGCAAGGGAACAUUAUUCAGCAGCUUUCACUGGACUCUAUGAAGCUGAGGGAGUUCAUUCUAUAUAGAG